UCAAGUCAAUAGUCCAGCUUUGAUUUCUAGUCUCAGCUUCACGAUACUCUCAACUUUAAGAGAAUACAUUAUUAAAUACUAUUCAGAGGAUCUCAGAUGCCUCCCUCGCAGAGAAGACGACGACAGGUUGAGGAUGAAGACUCAGAGGAGGAAUCCAGAUACUCCAGACAACGCCGAAGCCGCGAAGAGUCCCAUGAAGAUAACGAAUCAGAAAAUGACGCUGUAGACGCGGCUGUUAGUGCAGAAGAUCAGCUCGCAAAGAAGCUUGUGCGCUAUGCCCUGGCUUGCGAGUUCUCACGGACACCAAUCCGUCGAGAUGGAAUCAAGGAGCGGGUUCUUGGAGACCAAGGUAGAGCCUUCAGGAAAGUCUUCGAUCUGGCCCAAUUGCAGCUUCGCACAGUUUGGGGCAUGGAGCUGCAGGAACUCGCCGUUAGGGAAAAGUUCACAAUGGCAGAGAAGCGCCAAGCAUUAAAGUCCGGCUCUCAAGCCAAGACCAGUUCCGGCGUCUUCGUCCUCUCUACGACCCUCCCUGCCACCUACCGCACUCCCGCCAUCAUCGCCCCCUCGAAAGUGCCUUCCAUUGAAACCGAGGCCUCGUACAUAGGUUUUUACACCAUGAUUAUAACGAUCAUCCUCGCCAGCGGGGGGGAGCUGUCGGAACAGAAGCUGCGGCGACAUCUUAACCGCCUCAACGCUGAAGCCAACGUCGCAUCGGAGAAGACGGAAGACGUGCUGAAGCGGAUGCAGGCACAGGGGUACGUCGUGCGAAAAGUGCAGAAGAACGCAGCGACGCAGGCGCAGGACGGAGGCGAGGACAUCACUUGGCUUGUCGGCCCACGCGGGCUCGAGGAGGUCGGCAUCGGUGGGGCAGCCGGCCUGGUGCGUGCCGUCUACGGCGAGCAGGCGGAUGCAGAUCUUGAGAAGAAGAUAACGGCGACUUUCGGGAUUCCAUCGGCUACUGAUGGGGAGGGUGACGUGGAUAUGUCGCAGGCUCCGGAGGCGGGUCCAUCGUACUGAGAAGAGGCAGAGAGGCGUGGGAAGAUCGCAGAGGGAGGCCAGUCAGGUUCGGCGGAACGGUAUACCCAGGAAAUAGCAGUCGUUUUUAGCGUAUGAGUGCAUGAAUAACCAAUACCUAGGUAGUGGCAAUGGAUUUUCGGGGGCAUUCUAUGCUCUC